UAUAAGCUGAAUGUCCGAAACAACACAAUCUGUUACAAUUUGGGAAUUUACUGACCAAGGGGUCUCCCACAGCACUUCCACAAUGAAGACCCUCAUAGCCCCAUUGGUACUAGCAGUGUUGGCGACAACAGCAUUUGCAAGACAAGUUCAAAAGAGCGACACUCAAGCCAGAUAUGUCCGUUAUCAUUCAUGGAACACAAAGAUGUACCCCGUGUGGAAACAUGGCGAUGCCCGCUACAGAAAUAGUUGGAUAGGUGGGGAUGUAACGUUUGAUGUCAGUAACGACGCCCCCACGCUGACCGGAGCCAAGAUCACCUUCACCAUCGGUAUCCGUUUCCCUGCCAACCAGAAGGUGCUGCCAGACGGAGAGGUAGUGUGGGCGGAGAACUGCACGGUGGAUGGCAAACAGUACUAUGAGGGACAGCCUGUGUACCCUGAGCACCACAGGUCAUCUGAGGACUUGAACGCUGUGUUCCCUGAUGGUGUUCCCCUGAGGAAAGAUGGAGAUAAGAAACCUCCCUAUGUGUUUGUGUGGAAGACCUGGGGUCAGUACUGGCAGGUAAGUGACGGGCCCUCCUCCUCUUUGACCAUAACUACGGACAACAUCCCACUGGGAUCCUACACCAUGGAUGUCGUCAUCUACCACUACCGCAAGAGGGACAAGUUCAUCCCCAUCGGCUAUGCCUCCACACAGUUCUGCAUCACAGAUCAGAUUCCCUUUGAGGUGGUGCUGUCCCAGGUGAAUGACAUUCAGGAGGAUGACCAGCGCUUUGUGCAAAACCGAGCCGUGGUCUUCAGCAUCUCCCUGCACGACCCCAGCGAGUACCUCAGCACCUCGGACGUCACGUUCAACUGGGACUUCGGGGAUGGCAGUGGCACUGUGAUCUCCAGGGAAACCACGGUUACACACACCUACAUACAGUCUGGCAGCUUCCGUCCCAAGAUGGUGGUACAGGCCGCCAUUCCAGAUCCAUCGUGUGCCACUCCUGCCAAUGCCCCUACCAUGCGGAGUCCGACCACCAAGAUCCCGGCUCCUCCCGCACAGGACUUCACCACAGCUGACACACCAGCAGAGCCAAAAGAGGACGUUACCGUCCCGGCCUUCCAGCUUUCCUCCGACCUCGGCGCGACCAGUCCCCCCUCGGAGGCCUCUGCUGCUGGGGACGAGGGUGAGGACGACCCCCCUUCUGUCCCUGUGGCUGUGGAGCUGGAGGUGACCACAGGCCCUGCAGACUCAGUCGAGGACAUGAAUGACCGUGCCGCGUCCAUCAACCCUGCGGUGGACAGCGUCACCACUGUCAUCCCAGCAGCCGUGGUGAGAGUGGGCACAGAGAGGCGCGUGGCGGAGGAGGAGGAGACGGGGGUCAACUCUGUCAUGGACGCUGCCACUACUGCCCCAACUGAUGGGGCGCCCCAGGAGGAUGAGGACACUGACCCACAGCAGGUUGCUGUGGUGAUCACCAAGAGGUACGCCCAUAAUGAUGACUGCUUGAUCUACCGCUACGGUUCCUUCUCCACCGGCAUUGAAAUCGUUGAGGGAAUCGAGAGUGUGGAGAUUGUGCAGGUGUCCAAUGCUGUGCUGAUGACCGAGACAGAACCAAAUGCUGUGGACUUCACCAUCACCUGCCGGGGCAGCAGCCUUCCCACGGAGGUGUGCACCGUGGUGUCAGACGCCAACUGUGUCAUGCCAGUCAAGACCAUCUGCAACCCUGUGCCAACAACUCCAGACUGUCAGCUGGUCUUGCGCCAGUUCUUCAACGACUCCGGAAUCUUCUGUGUCAACGUGUCCAUGACAAACGACGUCAGCCUUGCUGUCACCAGUACUAGGGUCAGCGUGAAUAUGGGCUCCAAGAUGACAUCCACGGGAACAGUUGCCAUGGUCCUUGGUGUUCUCAUAGUGGCCUCAGCGGUCGGAACAGUGGCAUUUACCUACAGGCGUCUUAAGGGCUACAGGCCUCUGACAGAGCUGCCGGCCGCAGACCAACAGGCUAGUGGUGGGCUGAGCUCCUUCCCUGCCCUCAUCUGGAGCCUCCUGAGUGGCCAUGGGCCUGGAGACAACCGCACCCUCCUCCGCAGAGUGGUAUAAUCUCAUCACCCCCCAUCCCCCUGUGCAGAGUGGUAUGGUCCGUGGCACGUUGCCAUAUAUGAGAUCUGUUACAAGGGUCUAGGCAUGUUGUAUCCCUUAAAAAAGUCUAAAUAGAAUCUUUUUUUUUAUUGUUUUUACGCAUUUUAAAGAUUUUUUACUUUGCUUUUUACAGAGGUUCUUGGCAUUUGCUGUAUUGGCCUUUUUAUAAUGAAUGUUUUAAUCAACAUCAGUUUUUUACAGACCAUUUUGCUGUUUAUGGAUUAUUUUUUAGACUUUUUAUACAUGUAAGUGUGACAGUACUGAAAGAAGACAUUGUAGAUUCUAUGUUGUCCCCAAGGCCUUAAUCUCUCAUAUUUGGUUAUCUGUUUGUUGAUGUAUUA